AUGGCUGAGGCUCCUGAAGAACUGGAUGAAACAGGUAUUGAGCAGAGGAUUGUGCAGAUGUUGAAGGACAAAGGCUCCCCAGUGAAGACUCACCAGUUGGCCAAGGAUCUCAAUGUCCACAAGAAGACACUCAACCAGGUCCUCUAUCGGAUGCAGAAGAGGUCCAGAGUCACCCUUGUGGCCCCUGCCACAUGGUGCUUGGCCAAAGAUGGCACCCUAGAUGUUGCUCCAGGAGCACGAACCCCACCCAGCCAGGAAAAGGAAGUGGAACCCCAGAGAGAUCUGAGGCGCCAGCACAAUGCCCUGGCAACCCCAGGAAGGUGUGGGCUUCUGCUCAGCGAACUGCAGGAGAAGAUCUACAGGUUCCUGGAAAAUGGUGGACCCCAUAAGGCUCUCCACAUUGCACAGGCCUUGGGGAUGAAGACAGAGAAAGAGGUUAACCCACACUUGUAUGCACUGAAGGCAAAGCACCUUCUAGACUUAGACCAGAGGUCACAUUUAUGGGAGAUUUAUCGGCCAGAAGGUUCUGGAGGAAGAAAUCAGUGUGCCACCAUUAUUUACCAGCAAAAUCCAGUCAACAUGAUCAACCAGUCUGGACCACACAGCCACAUUUCCAUCGAGAACUCUGCAGACAUCCAGAUUGGACACGGGAAUGUCAUGGUGACACAGACAGCCUGCGGGGUCAGCGGCUCUGCAGAACCCCUCCAGUUCCCCCCAAUGCAGGGUGCCUCAGUUGGAGCUCUGGGAGCCCAGGACAUACGCAUGGAUGCGUCUGUGCUCAGACGUGUGCAGCUGGGACAUGCCAACGAGAUGAGUGUUCACCGCACCCUGGCCCAAGAUCCUGUCUGCAGCCCCUUCAAUGGCCCCUCAGGCUCUGCCACCACUAUGAACCCAGAGGCUUCAUUCAAAAUCGAAAUGCCCCAAGCAGAAUCCUGCUCAGGAGAGGACGUGACCCAGAGGGUCCACAUCACCUCCUGCUUUGUGGAGGACUCAGUCAUUGGCAACUGCAACAGGAUGACUGUCAGCCCAGAGGGGGCCAAGGGGCCUGGGGCCUGCAAGGGACACCCAGAGGAGUGGGGAGAGGACACAGGUUCUGGCUCUGAAGCCACACAGUCCAGAGGCGAGUCCCGUCAACACAAAAGUCAAGAUGCCUCCAACAAUGACCUCUCCACUUUUACUGGCCAUCUAGCGACUAUGACUCUGGAGAGCUGGGCCCUUAAUUUUGCAGAAGAAGGGUGCUGAGUGGACACUUUUAUUCAUCACAACUCCUUGGGCUAUGGUCUUAAAGACUUUUCCAGAACUAUGCCAAUUCUCUGGGGAGGGGCACAGAACUUUGAUUCUGUGGGUGGGGUGUAGAACUGUAUACUCUUGUAAUCUCAUAAUCUUUGUAAACUAUUAUUAAAUUGCUAACAAAAUAAUUUAUAUAAACUCAUUGGGUGACAGGUGCUAGGAAGUGGGGUCUCAUUUCAGCACAAAGGGGGCUCUUUCAAUAUAGACUAGUCCAAAUAAUGUUCCAGUGUCAGGUAUAAAUAGAUCAAGGGGCUUAGACUAUAUUUUUAAGACUCAGUCUCAUGGAGAGCCAGGUGGUGGCACACCUGGUUGAGCACACAUGUUAUAAUGUGCAAAGACCCAGGUUUGAGCCCUGAAGGGGGAAAGCUUUCAGAGUGGUGAAGCAGUGUUGCAGGCAUCUCUCGGUCUCUCUCCCUCUCUAUUGCC